AUGGCGAGCCGCUUGAGCUGCCGACGAUCAACUAUCGGCCCGAGGCACUCGCUGCUGCUGAGACCAUCGGAAGAGGUUCCAACUGAGCUUCGCGGAUUACCAGAAGAGUUGAGCAGGCGCAUUGCCGCAGCAACAUCGGAGUCCGAGCUUCGAGACGUCGCAGGCGAAGUUGUGGAGGAAGCGCUCUUACUGUUGGACCACCGCGGUUUGAUCAAAGACUUGGACAAGAUUUGGCCGACAACACGCGCCUGCAAGCAACUGGGCACCUCCGAAGUCUUGACCCUCACAUCCGCGAUCAAGAUGUCCUUAGCCUCCACCCUGCGGGACACAGCUCAGCGUGGGGCCAUGCCACGUCGGAAGGUCUUAGCAUUGUUCAACUUCCUUGCGGAGCUCUGUUGGGCCAACUACAUGUGCCCGUCCGAGCACGCAAUUCAGAAGGCAAUGCAUUGCCUGCUGGACACAGCCUGGGCUCUUACCGAAUGUGGCAACUCUGAGCCGGCUGGGUGGUAUGUGGAGUCUUGUGCAUAUUUUCUGGCUCGCGUGGGGGAAAUCAUCAUGCUCAAUCCCCUCGAGGUUUUCAACGUCUUAGAUCCACUGUCGGCGAGACUCGCAUCUCUGGCCCGGCAGCUGCCUCGCCGAACAAAGUCGUUCGUUUGGCUGCUUCUCCGCCGCCGAGAAACGAUGUGGCGUGGGUCUUUGCAGCUGUCCAUCAGCCCCAGCUACUGGCAGGCUUAUUCUGGAGCUCGCCUCGUCUUGACGGGCCACUUCAAGGGCGACCCAAAGACCUGCUAUCUUGCAGAGCUGCCGUGGUGUGCGUGCGCCUCCAUUAUGCGUUUCAUUUGCGAGGGAAAUUCGCUGGAUGCGGCCGAAGCUGUAUGGAGCAUGGAGAACUAUGGAGAUAUGCCCUCGACAGAUGAUUGGCUCUCCGAGUUUUUGGAGCAGCUGCCAGAAGUGAGUGCAGCGAAGCGAAUUCGCCAACAUCACCCAUUGUUCCAGAAAGUGAGUGAGUGCUCCCCGGUGGGGCUUCGUGCACAGCUUCUUGGCCAGAUGUUCGGCGCCACACAGCCGUUCGGCGCCACUGGAGGAGGAUUGUUCGGUGGCGGUGGCUGCGGCGGCUGCGGUGGAUUUGGCACACCACAGAUCAAGGAUCCAAACACGAAUCAGGAUGCGCCGGUGCCCGAGGGUCCCAGCGACUCCAUCAGCUGCUUGCGCUGGUCCCCUGCAGCGAAUAUUUUCGCGUGUGGCUCCUGGGAUAAGAGUGUCAGAAUCUACGAGGUCACUGCACAGAACAUCGCUCCGCGAAUGGCUUACAACCAUGAAGCACCAGUGCUAUGCUGCGCCUUCUCCAAAGACGGCCAGCGAGUAUUCAGCGGAGGCUGCGACAACAAGGUGAAAAUGAAAGUCUUGCAGACUCAGCAAGAACAGCAGAUAGGUCAGCAUGAUGCGCCAGUGAAGGAAGUCUUCGUCGUGGAUGAGAUGAACAUGGUUGUGUCAGGGAGCUGGGACAGGACACUCCGUUUCUGGAACCUUCAGCAACCAACUCCUGUGGCCACUCUGCAGCUUCCGGAGCGAGUAUACGCAAUGGAUGUGAAAUAUCCCUUGCUUGUGGUGGGUUGUGCGGAGAGACAUGUGCUUGUAUACAAUCUGCAAGCCAUCCAGCAGAAUCCAGCACCAUAUAAACAGGGCCAGACGGCUCUCAAAAUGCAAACACGAGCCAUUUGCUGCUUUCCUGACAAGACAGGAUAUGCAGUUGGAUCGAUAGAAGGUCGAUGCUCAAUCGCUCACAUAGAGGACACAAGCAAAAACUUUGCCUUCAAGUGCCACCGCACGAACACAGAAAUCUACGCGGUGAACGACAUCGACUUCCACCCACAGAUGGGGACAUUUGCGACCUGUGGCGGUGAUGGCACAUUUGUGUUUUGGGACAAGGAGAACAGACAGCGCCUCAAAGCCUUCAACUCUUGUCAUUAUCCGAUAACCGCCGGGAAGUUUAAUGCACCCGGCGACAUGUAUGCCUACGCUGUGUCGUAUGAUUGGAGCAAAGGCCAUGAGCAGAACCAUCCGAGUUUGCCGAAAGGCGUCUUGGUCCAUAAAGUCCAGGCGAUGGAGGUUCAACCAAAGGCCGGCUCCGCAAAUCAGCGCGCCAAGAGAUGA